CUGAACAGCCCAGUGCGGCCAGGCCAAGGUAUCCCCCUGGCAGGAACGGAACCAGCACAAUGUCCAGACUAGUGGAAUGUGUCCCCAACUUUUCCGAGGGCAAUAACAAAGAGGUAAUCGAUGCCAUUGGUGAGGCUAUCUCUCAGACACCGGGGUGCAUCCUGCUGGAUGUGGAUGCCGGGCCGUCCACCAAUCGGACAGUCUACACCUUUGUGGGGAGUCCAGAUGCCGUUGUCGAGGGGGCUCUGUGUGCAGCCAGAGUGGCUUUUCAGCUCAUUGACAUGGGCAAGCACAGAGGAGAACAUCCCCGGAUGGGUGCCCUAGAUGUCUGCCCUUUCAUCCCAGUGAGGAAUGUCACCAUGGAAGAAUGCAUUCGCUGUGCCAAUCUGUUUGGGCAGCAAUUGUCAGUGGAGCUGGGUGUGCCUGUGUAUCUGUAUGGAGAAGCAGCACGGAAGGAGAGCAGGAAAUCUCUGCCAGCAAUCCGAGCCGGGGAAUAUGAAGCCCUCCUUGAAAAGCUCACAAAGGCCGAGUGGGUUCCUGAUUUUGGCUCUGCGUCCUUUGUUCCAAGAUGGGGAGCCACAGUCACUGGUGCACGCACAUUCCUCAUUGCAUACAACAUCAACCUCCUAUGCACAAAGGAGCUGGCGCAUCGGAUUGCUCUCAACAUCCGGGAGCAAGGCCGCGCGAAGGACCAGCCUGGGCGUUUGAAGAAGGUCCAAGCCAUGGGCUGGUACUUGGAUGAGGAGAAUAUUGCCCAGGUUUCUACAAACCUGCUGGACUUUGAAAUCACCUCCCUCCACACAGUCUAUGAGGAGGUCUGCAAAGAUGCACGGGAGCUGAGCCUGCCCGUGGUGGGCUCCCAGCUGGUGGGGCUUGUCCCUAAGAAGGCCAUGCUUGAUGCAGCGGAGUAUUACAUUCAGAAAGAAAACCUCUUCAUCCUAGAGGAGGAACAGAAAAUCAGACUGGUAGUCAGCCGGCUGGGCCUGGAUUCCUUGUCUCCAUUUAACCCCCAGGAGCGCAUUAUUGAGUACCUGGUGCAGAGUGGUCAGGCAGAUGGAGGUUUGGUGUCCAAGUCACUCCACAUGUUUGUGCGUGCUGUUGGUGCGAGGUCAGCAGCUCCCGGGGGAGGAUCGGUGUCUGCAGCAAUGUCUGCUCUGGGGGCAGCUCUGGGCUGCAUGGUGGGCCUGAUGUCCUACGGGAAGCGUCAGUUUGAGGCGCUGGAAUUGGUCAUGAGGAAGCUGAUCCCUCCGUUCCAUCAGGCCAUGAAUGAGCUGAUCGUCAUGGUGGACACAGACUCUCUUGCUUUCAGCAGUUACAUGGACGCAAUGAAGCUGCCUAAGAACACGCCAGAAGAGAGAGAGAAGCGCACAGCUGCUAUGCAGCAGGGGCUGAAGAAGGCUGUAGGUGUCCCCUUCUCGCUGGCGGAGAAAGUGAACGCCUUGUGGCCCAUGUUAAAAGAGAUGGCUCAGUACGGGAACCUCGCCUGCAAAUCAGAUCUCCAGGUGGCGGCUAAAGCGCUGGAAGCAGGAGUGUUUGGUGCCUAUUUCAAUGUGGUGACUAACCUGAAAGAUGUAACAGAUGAAGCCUUCAGGAAGGAGAUGCACGGCAGAGUCUCCAGCUUCUUGGCGGAGGCCCAGCAGAGCGUGGAGUUGGUACUGGAGCUGCUGGAAAGCCGGGGGCAGUGAAGGGGGG